UCCAAUACAGCACGCGAUUGUCCAGGAAGAAUGGCAGACUACGGAGCGAGCGAAUACAAACCCGAAUUCCGUUGGGUUGCGUGCCACGGAGACAAACUCCCGGAGAACGCGGUGCCUGGGGGUGACGACGUAAGAGGGGACGUCACCUACGUAGGGCGGGCCACGUACGAUGGCCAAGUGAUACCAGGAAAGGUGGUCCUUUUCUGUGGAUUCUGCUACGUCGCUCAUGGCGGCGCCGAGCAUAUGUUCCGGGACUACCAGGUGCUUGUAUCUAAUGGACCUCCGUUGGCAUGGCUACAAGAAUCCAAGGGCGCAGUGCCAAGUGGUGCCAUACAGGGUGGCAAAAGCCACGAUGGCGAGCCACUCUACAUCGGUCGAGCACGUCACAAUGGCCUGCUCACUAUAGGCAAGGUUCAUCCAUCGAAAGGACGCCUGUAUAUCUCUUUUGGUUGCAAGGAGUAUUCCUACACAGAAUACCAGGUCCUCGUCUGCAAGACGAUUAACCUGUGAGAAGAGCCGAGACUACUGGAUGGAACUUUGUUCACCAAUAAUGAACGCAUUUGAAAAGGCCGCUGCGAUUUUCAUUGAACGGCCAAUGCGUUCU